AUGAUUUUGCAAUCUGAUUUUUCAGCUAAGCCAGUGAUCACCAUUGGUCAUAUAACUGACCUGAAAGCAAGAUCUGUAACGAUAAUAAGUAACAUAACCACGACUGAAAAUUCUCCACCCGUAGAUUCAAUCCAUUGGUCAAAAAACGGAAGCGUCAUUCCCGUACUUGAAAUCCCCGAUAAAUACCAACACCUGCAGGAUGAGAAAAGAAUUCUUUGCAUAUUGAAGAUAAAUGAGCUUGAUGCUGGGUCCUAUAAAUGCGUGGCGAAAAAUCUGGUUGGGUCCUCUGAAAGUGAGAGCGUUCGAUUAGGUCUACCAGAAAUUUCUAUAGAAGAGGAGACAGAAGGCGAAUUAACAAACAACUUCACAGUAAAAAUAGUGUCUAUUCCCUCUGUUUUUUCUGUCACCUGGGCAAAACUUGUUACAACAGACCCUGGAUCUGAUUACAUUCCGAUUGAUUUAACUGAUCCAAUAUAUAGCGGGACUUCUUGUUCAACACCAUUUCCAAAGCUGGUUGUUAGAAAAAGUGAAUCACCAAAACAACAGAUGUUUAAGGUUAUUGCGGAAAAUUUUAUUGGGCAGUCAGAAGCCAUUGUAGGCGGUCAGAAAUCUAUUCCAACACAACAAGAAUUGGCUCUGAAGAAACAAGGUAAAUUAAAUCUGAACUUGACUCGUCAAUUAGCAUAUGCAAUAUUCGAUUAUACGAUCUAUAAUUCCAAAAACUAG